AUGGGCAAGUUCAAUCUCAUGUUCCAUAAUCACAAUGAUGUUUAUACCUUUAGUUACGAUUCAUCGUUAUCUACAUGUGAGGAACUUAGUCAUGUCGAAUACUUUGAUAAAUCUAACAAGAAGCAAAUUGAGGUUUUAGGAUGUUGUAAUGGUUUGGUUUUAUUAAGGCACAUUUAUAUGCUUAACGAUACAUCAUUGUCCUUUGUUCUUAUCUUGUGGAACCCGACUACGAAUGAAUGUAAAAGAUUACCAAAUCCACCGGUUGGAAAGCAGGUUAAGGAUAGGAAUUAUGUAGAGUAUGGGUUUGGUUAUGAUGAACAAAUCGAGGAUUUCAAAGUGGUACAUUUGACAGAGGCUUUUCAUGGUCGUUGGUCUCAUUGUGAGGUAUAUGUCUAUACUCUGAAAGGGAAUUCAUGGACAGGAGUUGAUGAAGUUGACAUAGAUGGUUUAUAUUAUCCAAGAAUAAUUGAUAUGGGUCGAUGGCCUGUUAACGGAGCUUUUCAUUGGAUAGCACAGAUGGAACGAAGCGAUUUCUUGCACAGCUUUUUUCUUCUCCGGUUCGAGUUCGAGACAGACGACUUGGAUGCAGUGCCACUGCCGGAUUUUGAUGAAAAUGCCAUAGUAUGUUUGUGUGUGUUAGGGGGAUCACUUUGUUGUUUUUGUUAUAAUACUGAGGUUAUGGGUGUGUGGGAGUUGAAGGACAAUAGGGAGGACAAGGCAUCAUGGACCAAGCUUUUCACCAUUGAGCUAAGAGAACACUUUGGGGAAGUUUCUAGUUAUAUGCCCUUGCAAUUUUUAAAGAAUGGAAAGAUUGUGUUAGGGAUAGUGCUGGCUGAUAGAUGUUUGCAUAUUGGUCUGUAUGACCCAAAACAUUCUACAUUUGAAACUAUUAAUUCCCAUGAUGAAUCUCUAAGGGGUUGUGCUCUCAUUACAUCUGUUUAUGUGGAGAGUCUCUUUUCACUUGGCACGGGAACUUAUCUAGGGAAAAUACAAUGGGAGGCCUCAGAAGAAGAAGAUUUGAUUGACUCCUCGGAAGAAGAUAAUGAGGACGGUAAUACUGGCGGUGGUGGUGGAAGAAGAAUAAAGAAUUGA